CCACCACACCCUGCACUUUCUGCCAGCUCGACAGCAGCACAGCAAUGGGAAGUUUAUUUUCCACACCUGCUUUUAGUGAGCCAUGGAGGGAAAUACCAUGGAGAGACAAAGACACAGAGCUGCAGUACGUGAGGAAUUACAAACCCAAGAGACAUGAUGUCAAGCAUCUGAGAAUGCUGGUUCAUGGUCCAGUUGGAGCUGGAAAAUCCAGUUUCAUCAACUCUGUCGACAGUGUCCUACGAGGAAGAAUCGCAGGCAGAGCUUUGGCUGCGGCAGAAGUCACUACAAGUUUCACCAAGCAGUACAAAACCUACAAAAUCCCAAAAGGACAGCCUGGAGAAUUUUACCCUUUUGUCCUCAAUGACACUAUGGGUCUUGAGAUGAACGAGGACAGAGGAGUCCAUGCAGAGGACAUCAAACUGGCCUUGAAGGGACAUGUGACAGACGGUUACCCGUUCAAUCCUGCAUCUAAGCUGUCAUCUGACAGUCUGUAUUACAACGCAGAACCAACUAAGAAUGACAAAGUUCAUGUUCUGGUGUGUGUUGUGCCUGCUGACAAAGUGGCUCUAAUGACUAAAGAUGAUGUGAGGAAGAUGACGGACAUCAGAGAGACGGCCAGUGAGCUGGGAAUUCCCCAGCUGGCCGUCAUCACCAAAAUUGAUUUAGCCUGCCCAGAGAUCCACAAAGAUCUGAAGAAUGUCUAUAAGAGCAAGUACCUGAAGGACAAAAUGCAGAAAUUCAGUGAUUUUGCUGGAAUUCCAAUGAACUGCAUCUUUCCUGUGAAGAACUACAGUGAAGAAAUCAACAUAAAGAAUGAAGUCGAUUCUUUGAUUCUGAGCGUCCUGAGACGGAUCAUCGACUUUGGAGAAGACUUCAUCAGCGACAUGGAAACCUAAGUCACUUUCAUUUCGCUUUCAGAGAUGUUCGUGGCAUUGUAGAAACAACAUAAUCCUGCUGACAUGAAUGAAUGGAUUUCCUAACAAAAUGAACUCAAAAAUAUUUUUAUAACAAGAUUCUACAUGUUGAAGUUACAAUCAUUUUUAGCUCUUCUGCAUUUUUAUUGACUGUAGUGACUGCAGCAGCUUCGUCAUGUGUUUCAUGAGAUUCUUUUGGGGAAAAUAUUUGAAAUCUUACAUUUUGGCUAAUCUUGUAAUAGCAGGUAAACUGAGAAAAGCUACCAGCCAGAAAUCUUUGUUACCAAUCAUAAAACUGCAUUAUGCCUCAUUUACAGGCUGUGCUUUUGAGCUUCAUGUUUUAUUCGGGAUGUCAGUGCUUCUCUUCUACCAAGAACACUGAUCUCUGCCACUUUUCUCUUCAACUUCAUGUUUUCUUUUUUCAGGCUUAACGCUGGAAAUAUGUCACCAUAUAUCUGCAACCUGCAAUUUUCAAUUUUUUUUCGAGAUUGCAGAAAAAAUAAUAAAAACUUUCAAUAUUGCAGGCAAAAAAAAAAAAUCCAGGUAUUUUUGUCCUUUUCCACCCAAUCUGGCUUGUAAUAGGUCCAAUAAAGAAUAAAGAUGAUUAUAAACAGUU